AUGCGGCAGACCUAUGAACCUACUAUCGGCUACCAAAAGGUCGGCACUCACAAGGGCACCCUGACCAGCGACGGCGGCACCUACGAUGUCUAUGUCCACCAGCAGGUCAACCAGCCUUCUAUCUCUGGCACCACCACCUUCAACCAGUACAUUUCCAUCCGUCAGACGCCUCGCACCUCGGGGACCGUCACCGUUGCCAACCACUUCAACGCUUGGAAGUCAUUCGGCAUGCAACUGGGUACCUACAACUACCAGACCAUCUCCGUCGAGUCCUGGACUGGCUCCGGGCCAAGGUUCCAUUACUCUCAGCAAGUCUGCCGGCGGUGGCUCGACCGGCUCGACCGGCACCACCACCUCGUCCAGCUAGCUCAUCCACACCUACUACGGGCACCGGCUCUGGCUCCGGUACCGUCGCUCAGUGGGGUGGGACUGGCUGGACUGGCGCGACAACUUGCGCCUCAGGCUUUACCUGCAAGGUCUUGA